GCCCCCGGCUAGCCAGUCCUCCCCCCCCCCCCAUCACCUGUUUGGAGGUGUCAGAUUGCAUUUCCGGCUGCUUCUUUCCCUAGCUUCCCCCUCCCCCCAGCCUGCACCUGUCCCCUCUCCCCCUCCCCCCUUUCUCAUUCCACAGCCUGCAGGCAGGAAGAGGCAGACACAAGCCCCGAGCCAGAGGGUCAGGAUGGAGGGCCCUGUGGUGACGCUGGGCCUGCUGGCCUCCCUGCUUGUGUGUGGCGGCUGGGCACUGAACGAGGAGGAGCGGCUGAUCCGGUACCUGUUCCAGGAGAAGGGCUACAACAAGGAGCUCCGGCCCGUGGCCCGCAAGGAGGACAGCGUGGACGUGACACUGGCCCUCACCCUCUCCAACCUCAUCUCCCUGAAAGAAGUCGAGGAGACCCUCACCGUCAACGUGUGGAUGGAGCACGGCUGGACGGACAGCCGGCUACAGUGGGACGUCAAUGAAUUUGGGAACAUCAGCGUCUUGCGCCUGCCCCCUGACAUGGUGUGGCUCCCGGAGAUUGUGCUGGAAAACAACAAUGACGGCUCCUUCCAGAUCUCCUACUGGUGCAACGUGCUGGUCUACGACUCGGGCUACGUGUACUGGCUGCCACCCGCCAUCUUCAGCUCCUCCUGCCCCAUCUCCGUCACCUACUUCCCCUUUGACUGGCAGAACUGCUCCCUCAAGUUCAGUUCACUCAAGUACACGGCCAAGGAGAUCACACUGAAUCUGAAGCAGGAGUUGGAGGACAACCGUGCAUACCCUGUGGAGUGGAUCAUCAUCGACCCCGAGGGCUUCACAGAGAACGGGGAGUGGGAGAUAGUGCACCGGCCAGCCCGGGUCAAUGUGGACCCCAGCGCCCCGCUGGACAGCACCAGCCGCCAGGAUGUCACCUUCUACCUCAUCAUCCGCCGCAAGCCUCUCUUCUACAUCAUCAACAUCCUGGUCCCCUGCGUGCUCAUCUCCUUCAUGAUCAACCUGGUCUUCUACCUGCCUGGCGACUGCGGCGAGAAGACCUCGGUGGCCAUCUCCGUGCUCCUGGCCCAGUCCGUCUUCCUGCUGCUCAUCUCCAAGCGGCUGCCCGCCACGUCCAUGGCCAUCCCGCUGAUUGGCAAGUUCCUGCUCUUCGGCAUGGUGCUGGUCACCAUGGUCGUGGUGAUCUGUGUCGUCGUGCUCAACAUCCACUUCCGAACACCCAGCACCCACGUGCUGUCCGAUGGGGUCAAGAAGCUCUUCCUGGAGACCCUGCCCGAGCUUCUGCGCAUGUCCCGGCCAGCGGAGGAAAGCCCCGGUGCCAGGGCCCUGAUCCGGAGGAGCAGCAGCCUGGGCUACAUCUCCAAGGCCGAGGAGUACUUCUCCCUCAAGUCCCGCAGUGACCUCAUGUUCGAGAAGCAGUCGGAGCGGCAUGGGCUCGCCCGGCGUCUCACCACCGCACGCCGGCCUCCAGCCAGUUCUGAGCAGGCCCAGCAGGAACUCUUCAACGAGCUGAAGCCGGCCGUGGAUGGAGCCAACUUCAUCGUCAGCCACAUGCGGGACCAGAACAAUUACAAUGAGGAGAAGGAUAGCUGGAACCAAGUGGCCCGCACCAUGGACCGCCUCUGCCUGUUUGUGGUGACACCCGUCAUGGUGGUGGGCACAGCCUGGAUCUUCCUGCAGGGUGUCUACAACCAGCCCCCACCCCAGCCUUUCCCCGGGGAUCCCUUCUCCUACGAUGAGAGAGACAGGCGCUUCCUCUAGGGUGGGCCUGUGGGGGCAGCAGAUCUGAUACCGGCUGUGGGCCCUGAGCUUGUGCCCAGCCGUUCCUACAAGGCCAUGGUCAAGGCAGGACACCCCUUCCUCAAGCAAAGAAUCCUGCCAUGGACUGAGUGCAGUCAUGAGUACAAGGAGACACCCUGGAAAAUUUGGGAAGAUACAGGGAGAGGCCAGUGAUGGGGAUAAGGAGCUCCUCCCAAUUGCCUCCCCCUUUCCACCACGGGCUCAGUGUCGUUUCCAGCCUUUUCUGCCUCAGCCUAUCUGCGUGGGAAGCUGCGGAUUGGUAGGGGAGGGGCAGGCUUGGCCCCUUCCAAGGCCCCAGACUGGCUGAGGUCACACAUACAAUCCCAGAGAACCACUCUGCCCUGCAAAAUGUCCCCACCCAAGCACCUCCCCUCCUUCCUAAACGAGGGUUGCACUGCAAUACUUGGCACAUAUGUAUGCUGAUUCAUUGUCUGUACAAAAUUCACAUUGGGGCUGGGAAGGUGGCCUAGUGGUAGAGUGCUUACCUAGCACGCAUGAAGCCCUGGGUUC